CGAUGGCGUCCAUCGCCUCGCAGCUGCAGGCCAUCAAGUCGGCCCUCGGCUCCGCGCCGGAGGCGCCUCGCGGGCCCAUCACGCGGCCGUCCGUGCUCUUCGACGCCAAGGAGGCCGCCGACAUCGACCUCCGCGCCAUCCUCCCCAUCGCCCUCUCCGGAUUGGAGCAUCUUACUGGCGUGGACGAGAGAUUUGCCAAGUACCGCAAGACGCUGUUCAGCGAGACCAGCCUUGAGCUCAACCGCGAGCAGCAAACCACCAAGGAAAACGACAAGAUAAACAAGUCCAUCUCCUCCUACCUCCGCCUCCUAGCUGGCUACCUGCAGCUCCCAGCGGCCCUCAAGACGCUCGAAUACCUUAUCCGCAGAUACCUGGUGCAUGUUUACAACUUGGAUGAGUUGCUGCUCUGCGCGUUGCCGUACGCAUGA